UUUAAUUUAUUCAAUUCCUUAAUUAUAACCUUCAGUAGUCUUCUAUUUUCCAUACUUCUGCAAGUAUGGAAUUUGAGCAGUCCGUUAUAGGAGAUGUCCAACGUGAACCAAGAAUUAUAGAUGGACACCAUGGUAACAAAUUCUCCAAGGAAUUGAGUUCAUCCUUGCGAAGAAGUCGACGAGAGUCAGACGAUAGCACUCAGCAUGGAUCAGAGUCCUUCAGGAUGCUUCAUAUGGGUGUGGAGAGGACUGAUCCCGCUGAGACCAAAUUCGCCUGGUUGCGCUCGCAGCUGGUGGGAGCCGAUGUCGAAUUCGACACUCCCUUCGGCAAACGUCUACUCACCUAUGCCGAUCACACUGCUUCUGGGAGGGGUCUUCGCUACAUUGAAAACUACAUCAGCAAUGAUGUUCUUCCAUUUUAUGGAAAUACUCACACGAGUGAUAGUUUUGUGGGGUACCGGACGACGAAGACGGUGCAUGAGGCGACAGAAUACGUCAAGAAAUGCUUAGGUGGGGGAGUUGACGAUGCACUCCUAUUCUGUGGCUCCGGCACCACCGCUGCGAUCAAGCGCCUCCAAGAAGUGAUGGGAAUUGCAGUUCCUUCAAGCAUGAGAGAUAGACUGCUCAAGAUACUCAAGAAGGAUGAGAGAUGGGUGGUCUUUGUUGGGCCAUUUGAGCACCACUCCAACAUCUUAUCUUGGCGCCAGAGCCUAGCAGAGGUGGUGGAGAUUGGUAUCGAUGAAGACGGAUUGAUAGACAUGGCAACUCUGAAACGCCAACUUGAGACUUAUAAGUCCUCCAACCGUCCUAUGUUGGGCUCGUUCUCAGCUUGUAGUAAUGUCACUGGAGUCUACUCUGACACUCGCGCUCUGGCUCGAAUUCUUCAUCAGCAUUGUGCCUUUGCAUGCUUCGAUUUUGCUGCGAGUGGUCCAUAUGUGGAGAUCGACAUGCGAUCAGGAGAGCUGGAUGGCUAUGAUGCAAUUUUUCUUAGCCCUCAUAAGUUCCUUGGUGGGCCUGGGACUCCUGGGAUCCUUUUGAUGAGCAAGGCCUUGUACCAGUUAAAAUUUUCUGCACCUUCAACUUGUGGAGGAGGGACUGUGAGCUUUGUUAAUGGCUUCUCCGAAAGGGAUACUUUGUACUAUGAAGACAUUGAAGAGAGAGAAGAUGCAGGCACCCCACCGAUCAUCCAGAAGAUACGAGCAGCACUGGCUUUCUGGGUGAAGGAAUACAUUGGUUACAACGUAAUUGAAGCACAGGAGCAGGUCUACGUAAAGGCAGCUCUCAAAAGGCUGUCCCCCAAUCCAAACAUUUGGAUUUUAGGAAAUACUAGUGAACCAAGAUUAGCAAUCAUCUCUUUCCUCGUGUUUUCUACUAGAAAUUCAUCAGAGAGCGAAGUUGAUGGUAGAAAGACAAGAGACAGAGGACUUUAUAUGUGGAGAGAGUCGGGGGAUAAGAGAGAUAAGCCUCUCCAUGGUCCUUUCGUCGCCAAGCUCCUCAACGACCUCUUUGGCAUACAGGCUCGAGGUGGGUGUGCUUGUGCUGGACCCUAUGGUCACCUUUUACUCAACGUUGGGGAGCCCCUCUCACUUGCCUUUCGAUCUGCCAUUCAGAAGGGCUAUUCUGGUGUAAAACCCGGAUGGACAAGAGUUAGCUUUCCCUACUACAUGUCCAUGGAAGAGUUCGAGUUCAUUCUGGCUGCAAUGGAAUUCAUUGCCAUUUAUGGCCAACGCUUCCUUCCACUGUAUCACUUCAACUGGAGAACUGGAAACUGGUCCUUCAGGAAGAGAGCAGUACUUCUGGAUGAUGUUACAGUAAAACAAAACGAAAUCGAUUUCAGUAACUUGUCUAUGAUCGAGAAGAAGGUUGUAGGGACGAUUGACAAUGAACCAAAGGCCCUUAAAGAUGAAAGCAGUGACAGGAAAACAGCUGGGGUGAUAAAAAAGUAUGCUUCAUACUUAGAAGCAGCCAAACAUAUAGCAAAUUCACUCCCCAAGUUUCCUCCCCCUCGUAAGGUGCCGAAAGACAUAGAUGUUAACCUGGUUCAUUUUAGAGUCUAGCCUCUUUAAUUAGUCCUUAUUGCUUUAUGUAUUGUGUGUGAAUAUAAGCUGGGUUUUCUCAACCCUACCACACUGAAUAAAAAUAAAAUGUAGAAUAGAAGAUUACAUCCCGUAAUCUUCUUCAGUCACAGGCUCAGCAGAGAACCCUACCUAUUGGAGAGAAAUUAACACCAUUUAAGGGUUGGUUUUGCUUUGAGCGUGGUCAUGUUUGUAUCCUUGUACUGUAUUAUUCCAAUUUUCAGGGGUUUGUAAUCAAUAAAAUAAAAUCUGGUGGCAUCAAACCCACCGCUUUUCUAUGAAUCAAACAAGG